CUGUCGCAGCGAUGGCGGAGGCCGUGGAGCGCACUGACGAGCUGGUCCGCGAGUACCUGCUCUUCCGCGGCUUCACGCACACACUGCGGCAGCUGGACUCCGAGAUCAAGGCGGACAAGGAGAAGGGGUUCCGGGUGAGGGGUCGGCGGGCGCGGCCGGGGCAGAGGCAGCACGAGGGAGCUCGGGAGCGGGCUACCCCCAGCACUGCCCUCCGGGGCGGGAGUGGCGCUGUCACCCGCGCCGGAGGGGACUGUGGCCGUUUGGCCCCUGGGGGACACUUUCUGCUGGUAGUAGGAAGGUACCUUCCUGCCUUUGCCUUUGUUUUUGUGUUGUGGGUUCCCAUGAUCCUGAACUUUGAUGCGGAGUGUCAGAGGACCAACCAGGUUCAAGAAGAAAAUGAAGUUCUGCGCCAGAAGCUUUUUGCAUUGCAAGCUGAAAUCCACCGACUGAAGAAAGAGGAGCAACAGCCAGAAGAGGAAGAGGCCUUGGUCCAACACAGAUUGCCUCCUUAUGUCUCCAGUAUGGACCGCCUGGGGGACUCAGAGCUAGCCAUGGUGUGCAGCCAGAGGAACACCUCCCUCUCCCAGUCACCUCGUGUGGGCUUCCUGUCCUCGCUGCUGCCUCAGAGUAAGAAGAGCCCCUCAAAAUUGUCGCCUGCCCAGGGUCCUGCUCCAGCUCAGAGCUCAGCCAAGAAAGAGUCCUUCAGUGGUCAGGCCACCAAAGGAAAAGACCCGACUUCCGGGGCCAAGGAUGGGAAGAGCCUCCUCAGCGGGUUGGCCACUGGGGAGUCCAGUUGGUCGCAGCACCGGCAGCGGCGCCUGCAGGACCAUGGCAAGGAGAGGAAGGAGCUUUUCUCCACUACCGCCUCCCAGUGUGCAGAGAAGAAGCAGGAAGCUGGUGGCCCGGAGGCAGAGUCCUGCGCAGAGUUCCACAUGGAGCCAGUGGAGCCGCUGACACGGGCUUUCGCAGCAGGCCCAGAAGGCGGCGGGGCCAACCCCGAGCGGCCCUUUAUCGUGCUGGGGCAGGAGGAGUACGGAGAACACCACUCGUCCAUCAUGCACUGCAGGGUGGAUUGCUCCGGGAGGAGGGUGGCCAGCCUAGAUGUAGAUGGGGUCAUCAAGGUAUGGUCCUUCAACCCCAUCAUGCAGACCAAAGCAUCAUCCAUCUCCAAGUCGCCGCUGCUCUCUUUAGAAUGGGCCACCAAGCGGGACAGACUGCUCCUGCUGGGCAGUGGUGUGGGGACGGUGCGUCUUUACGACACAGAAGUCAAGAAGAAUCUCUGUGGGAUCAACAUCGACGACGAGAUGCCCAGGAUCCUGUCUCUCGCCUGCAGCCCCAGCGGGGCCUCUUUUGUCUGUUCGGCUGCAGCUCCAAGCCUCACUUCCCACGUGGACUCCUCGGCACCAGACAUCGGCAGCAAGGGCAUGAACCAGGUUCCUGGCAAGCUGCUGCUGUGGGACACGAAAACCAUGAAGCAGCAGCUACAGUUCUCCUUGGAUCCGGAGCCUGUUGCUAUCAACUGCACAGCCUUCAAUCACAACGGGAACCUGCUGGUCACAGGGGCGGCCGACGGUGUCAUCCGGCUGUUUGACAUGCAGCAGCACCAGUGUGCCAUGAGCUGGAGGGCGCACCGCGGUGAGGUCUACUCUGUGGAGUUCAGCUAUGAUGAGAACGCUGUGUACAGCAUCGGCGAGGAUGGCAAGUUCAUCCAAUGGAACAUCCACAAGAGUGGCCUGAAGGUGUCUGAGUACGGCCUCCCCGCGGAUGCCACGGGCCCCUUUGUGCUGUCGGGUUACAGCGGCUACAAGCAGGUUCAAGUCCCCAGAGGCCGCCUCUUUGCUUUUGACUCGGAGGGCAAUUACAUGCUGACGUGUUCUGCCACCGGGGGUGUCAUAUACAAGCUGGGUGGUGAUGAAAAGGUUCUGGAGAGCUGCUUGAACCUGGGUGGCCACCGGGCCCCUGUGGUCACUGUGGACUGGAGCACCGCCAUGGACUGUGGGACCUGCCUCACCGCCUCCAUGGAUGGCAAGAUCAAGCUGACCACCCUCCUGGCCCACAAACUCUGAUGGAACUGCCCUGAGGGACACCCAUGAAGCAGUAUUAUCCUGGGUGCGGGGUGGGGGGGUAGAUAUAGGACAGGAAAGUGGGACACUCCACUUCCAGUCCCUGCCCAUGCAGCGAAUAUGCAGGGAAAGACUGUCCAGGGCCUGGACAACGUCCAGCUGUGGUGACUGGGAUAGGAGCCGUACAGAAAAGGUGGCAUGUGCUUCCCAGAGACCACUAUGGUAGGCUGCGCCAGAAGCAUGCUUCACCUGCGGGAGGAAAGCUCAGAAAGGAGGAGAGAGAUUGUGAUGGCUGCUGUGUUGGCCCAGGAGAGACUGACAGUAUUUUGUGUAUAUAUUUGCUCAUCUUUUUUUUAAAAAAGAAUACUCUUGUGGUCA